AUGUCCCUCAAGCGAAGCCGAGAAGGCUCUGAGCCGCCCAAGAAGCGGCAAAAGACCUCUGGGCCCGAUAUGAUGCCCACCCCGGAGUCAGAAUGUCUCGACUUCCCAGAGGCAUCUGACCGCCACUCGCCAGCUCUGUCGCUCCACCCAGAAGCUGCUUCCAGCGACUCUGGGUGCCUGUUCGAAACGAGCCGGUCCAGGGACGUCUCGUUUCCGGUCGAUGGUCCUCUCGCUCCUCUGAGGAUGAGCCUUACGGUCUCGGAAGACCCGUUGGGAUAUGGGAGCCGCUUGAAUUACCGCGGAGACCUAUAUCUCACGCUGCCUCAGGGAGAGUUCCAGAUCGGCCAUAUCAAUGGCUGGCUGCUGAGGAAAUCCGCGCCAUCCCAGCAAGGCCGGAGCUCUCCCCUCUGGGUCGCCGAGUGGUUGCAGGGCUCCAUGUCCAAGUACAAAGACGAGGAUAAGGACAUGGCGCAAGCCUUGCGAUCGCUGUAUGGGAAGCAAGGACAGCCUCAGAAGCUUGAGGUCCCGGGUCCCAGCCAUGAAGACGAUAUUGUCUUCAUUGAAAUGAUUCAUAUCGAUGAGAAGAAUGAAGCCACCGGGAUCAAGUUCGCUGGCAACAAGCUUCUCAAGCACGCGUUCAGUCUUUACUACGCGUGCAUUGCUGAUUGGCGCAUCUCGGAGAAGUACCGGCCCAAGGCACAUUUGGUGUUCAUUCUUGAGCCGGCACUGCCCCAAGAUGAUGACAUUGCCGCGAUCUGGUUCAGAGGUCAAGGCAAGCCCAGUGGAAGCAAAGCCAUGGACGUCCUGGAGAGGCAGGUCGCCGACACGUUGAGAAUGGUAUACUCUUCAGCGUCCAUCGGAUACAGAGUGCUCGUCGAAGAUGCCCUGGUUCGGUGUCCAGGCGGAGCAACGGUCCACACCAUCAUGGGCCUUCAACUCUCCGUGGAGGCGAUGCGAAACCACCUCUCAAGAUCACGGGCGGUGUGA